AUGAUAACAACACUAAUGUUUACUCUAAAUCAAUUGAUUAUUCUCGUUUUUGGCAUACCAACAAUUCAAGUGAUUAUUGAAUCUAUAUAUUUUAAUUCAUGUCCUAUUGAUAAUCGAAUACCAAAAUAUCUUGUCAUUGCUGGUAUUGGUACAUUAAUUUGUUUAACUUUUGCCAUUAUAAAGAAUUACGCGAAAAAGUCAAAUUGUUGGACAUUUUUCUUGUUCAAAUCAGGUACAUUGUGUCUUAUUUGGUUUAUAAUUGGAACCGUUUGGAUAAGUCAUGGUAGAAAAAGAGUUCAAUAUUCAAAUCCUUAUGAUACAAUAACUUAUUGUGAACAUAUAGUAAUUACUUGUGUUACUGUAACACUAGUCUUUAGUUAUGGAACCAUUAUUGGUUUACUUGGUUAUCACGUUGAAAAUUAA